GCAUUCUGCAACGGACAAAGCGAAUGAGUGCGACGACGGGGACAACAGUGACGUCUGUGGCCAAGCUGCACGAUGUGGAUCUGCGUAAGGUGGUGCAAGACAAGGUGCUAAUUCAAAUGGUCAAACACGUGACGCAGCUGACACGCGGAUGGGUGGUCAUGGUGGUGGAUGACGACGCUACGCGUAGCUUGACGCAGGUGGCACGGAUGAGCGAGCUCACGGACUGCGGUGUGUCGCUUCUGGAACGUAUGGAGCUUGAACGCCAACCAUUCCCCGAGAUGAACGUUGUGUACUUCAUCGCCCCCACAGCGGCCAACGUGCGCCGCCUGGCAAGAGAUUUUGAAGACCCCAACAAGCCCAAAUACAAUGACGUGUACCUGUAUUUCCUGUAUCAUGCAGGCGAAGAGGCGCUUAGUGAGCUGAAGAACGCUCCUCAAGCUUUACUACAAAGACUAAAGGCUUUGCAGGAGGUCAAUGUGGACUUUUUAGCUGUCGAGAAAUGCGCGUUCUCUUUCGGAAUACAUGAAGCUUUCCAUACUCUGUACUCUCCUGCUGUCAAAAAGAGUGAAAGUGAGAAGCUCAUGGAGACAGUUAGCAACAAAUUGGUGUCGGUGUGUGCUACUCUUGAGGAGUAUCCCUAUGUAAGGUACCAAGCUGGACAUACUCGAAUGGAGACGAUGGCACAAAUGUUCCAGAGCAAAAUGAACGACUACUUAGCACAGAACUCAACGUUUUCGUACGCUCCAAAGAGGGGCACUUUGUUGUUUAUCGACCGUGGACAAGAUAUGGUAACCCCACUCAUGCAUGAGAGCACGUUCCAGGCGAUGACGUACGACUUGCUGGGCGUGAUGGACGAUCAUAUCACGUAUGAAGCGGAAACGAAUUCCGGUACGACGACGAAGACGGCAUUUCUGAACGAAAACGAUAAGCAGUGGGUGGAGUUCCGUCAUACGCAUAUUGCCAAAGUUAGCACGGAGAUUGGCAAGCGCAUGACUGCGUUAUCAGCGUCGAAUGCGGGUACGUCACUGGGCCGAGGCAAAAGCACAGAUUUGCAGGCUAUGGCUGCUGGACUGCGCGAGUUGCCCGAGUACCGAGAAAUGCUGGGCAAAUUAUCACAGCAUUUGUUCUUGGCUGGUAAAGCCAUGGAUAUCUUCACUUCCACGGGUCUACUAGAGGCUUCCAACAUUGAACAAACUCUGGCCACGGGUGUUGAAGAGUCUGGGAAGAAGUUGAAGCACUCUGCGGUUGCAAAACAGCUCGAAGAUUUGUUUAAAGACCCGAAACUAACAGAGAACGAUCGAUUCCGAGUUGCAGUAGUAUUUGCACUGACUCAGGAUACGAUGAAGGAAGCAGAGCGCAAUAAGGUCAUGCAAGCCGCGAAGCUUUCCAAAAAGCAUGAGACCAUUCUCGAAAAUAUGGUAUUGGUAGCUGGAUCCGAGCUGUACAAACAGAAUGGCAACUCGCUAAUCUCGAGCUGA